UUGCGGAGACCGAGUCCGACUCGCGGGCCAACUCGGUAACCUUUCCUUCCUUUAGAAUUUAUUACAGUUACAGCAUUUAACCAUUUUUCCCGCACAACGAACGCAACACAGACACAGACACUGACACACCAAACCGCACCCUCUUCAAUUCUCUUCUCUCUCUACGCGCACGCGCGAGAUAGUUAGAGAGAGAGAACCGGUAACCUGAGCGUCAGGUAGCCGUCACGCAACGCGCAUUUCCCACACACGACGGACACCACCACGCCGUUUGGGCGCACCCGUCGUUUCCGGAUCCCUCAUCGUCGUUUCUUCCCCAUUGAGAUUAGCGAGAAUCCCAAGACACAGAGCUGGAGCCGCUACAAGAUCCCAAGCAAUUGAAGGCUCCGCCCGCCGCCGCCAGUAACGGUCAGAUCCGCUACCGAUCUCCGUCCUCCGCCGAGCUAUUCGACGGGAGCAGCAACUCCCCGCCGUCGCACGCCGCCGAUCAGAACUCGCCGGAGUUCGAGCCGAGCAAAAUGCUGAAGCGCCCCGGCCGCCAGGAGUCCCUCGCCGACAAGAUCUACCGCUUCCGUGGGACGUUGCUUGUCGUCGCGAUCCCGCUCCUUCUCAUCUCCUUCGUCCUCUACGUCAUGCCGUCCUCCUCCUCCAACGAGUCCGCCGGAGACUACGCUCUCGUCAACCGCAAAAUGUCUCCCGACAAGAAAUCCGCCAGCACCUACGCCGUCAUCUUCGACGCCGGAAGCUCCGGCAGCCGCGUCCACGUCUUCCAUUUCGAUUCCAACCUAGAUCUCGUCCACAUUGGCAAAGAUCUCGAGCUUUUCAUCCAGAUUAAACCGGGUUUGAGUGCGUACGCUCAGAAUCCGCAGGAGGCAGCGGAAUCUUUGGUUUCGCUUUUGGAUAAAGCGGAGAGUGUUGUUCCUCGUGAAUUGCGAUCCAAGACACCGGUUCGAGUUGGGGCAACUGCGGGUUUGAGGGCUUUGGAAGGGGAUACCUCGGAUAGGAUCUUGCAAGCGGUAAGGGAUUUGCUUAAGGACAGGAGUAGCCUGAAAUCCGACGCUGAUGCUGUUACAGUGCUGGAUGGAACACAAGAAGGUGCUUAUCAAUGGGUUACUAUCAACUAUCUAUUGGGAAACUUGGGAAAAGAUUAUUCAAAGACUGUUGGAGUAGUUGAUCUUGGUGGUGGAUCUGUUCAAAUGGCUUAUGCCAUCUCAGAGACAGAUGCUGCCAUGGCUCCAAAAGUAGUAGAUGGGGAGGACCCAUAUGUCAAGGAGAUGUUCCUGAGGGGAAGGAAAUACCACCUUUAUGUUCACAGUUACUUGCACUAUGGUUUACUAGCUGCUCGUGCUGAGAUUUUAAAGGUUUCUGUAGAUGCUGAAAACACUUGUAUCUUAACUGGCUACGAUGGAUCCUACAAAUAUGGUGGAAAGUCGUAUAAAGCUUCAUCCUCCUCCUCUGGAGCAAGCUUGAAUGAAUGCAAAAGUAUUGCUCUUAAGGCUCUGAAAGUUAACGAGUCAACAUGUACUCAUAUGAAGUGUACUUUUGGUGGGAUAUGGAAUGGUGGAGGGGGGGAUGGACAGAAGAACCUUUUUGUUGCCUCCUUUUUCUUUGACCGGGCUGCUGAGGCUGGUUUUGCUGAUCCAAACUCGCCAGUUGCGAUAGUUCGUCCUGCAGAUUUUGAGGAUGCAGCUAAGCGAGCUUGUCAAACAAAACUUGAGAAUGCCAAAUCCACUUAUCCACAUGUUGAGGAAGGGAACCUUCCCUAUCUUUGCAUGGAUCUUAUAUACCAGUAUACUCUACUUGUUGAUGGUUUUGGCAUAUAUCCAUGGCAAGAGAUAACAUUGGUGAAGAAAGUUAAAUACGAUGAUGCCCUUGUUGAGGCAGCAUGGCCCCUAGGCAGUGCCAUUGAAGCUGUAUCAUCUCCGUAAUGUCACCGGGAUCAUCACUCAGAUCACUAAUCAGAAAUCUAGGGGCACAUGAAUUUCAUCACCGGGAUUUUCUGGUGAAAUACUGUCAUUCAUGAUGAUCAGAGAUUACUUUCAGGAUGAAUUGAGAUUUUGGAUAUGGGUCUGUGACUGUGACUCAAAUAAUGGGAGAUUAUAGCUUCAUUAUUUUUGAUAUGUAAUUAAUUCACAACAUAUCUGAUUUACGAUUUUGGAAGAUUCAUUCGAUUCAUUAAGUGCAUCUAAUAUAUGUUGUCUUAAGUGACGAACAAAAUGGUGAUAUUAACACCAUUUCAUUUUUGUUUCUAUAAAUGGUUUCAUUCGUGAUCAUAGUUUAUACUU